AUGGACGAACGAAACAGCCCACUGACAAAGUCUGAACUGGCUUUCACCUACCCUCCAUACCCGUCAGACAAUCUCGGCCAUCUAGAGCUAGACAAACUUGUCCGGCUCUCAUAUCAUCGCCUCUGCAAAGAGCCAAAACAUGACCUCGGGGUACUCGACCUCCCAGUCGAAACUCUCAAUAUGAUUAUGGGCCAUUUAGAUUUACGCUCACUCAUGUCUCUGCAACGGGUGAAUCGCCGAGCCUUCCACAUGGUCAAUGCAAUGCCGGAACUUGGGGCAAUCAUGGAGUAUUCUCCCAACGCCCUGCGCGCCAUCUUCGCCAUCAAAACAGGCCGUUUCAUCACAUGCCGAAUGCUAUUCGCCAAGCUCUGUUCCUACCAAUGUGAGACCUGCAGCGAAUUUGCCGGCUAUCUGUACGUCUUGACGUGUAAGCGCGUCUGCUACCACUGUUUUACAAGUCUUCCCAAGUACCUGCCGGUUCUGCGAUCUGAUGCCCGCGAGCGAAUCGGCCUGCCUGCGGAUAUUAUCAAGCAGAUCCCCCAAAUGAAAAGUGUCCCAGGCCGCUACACGGCGCUGCAUAGACGGCGCCCGCGGCGCACUCUGAUGGACGCGACCGCUGUUCGCGAGGCGGGCAUUGCUUUGCACGGCAAUGCUCGUGCGGUGGAGUGUUAUUCAAAAAAGGUCGCUGCAGAAAAACUGGAGGCGUAUCGUGUUUCAAGAAGAAAACUUGAACCGGAUCUGGUCGAUCAUAAUAUUGACAGAGAAUACUCAUUCAACCUCCCCAGGGAUGAAUACUACUUCAACCCCAGGAGGUUCAUGGCCAUCGUUUCGGUACCGUUCAUUGACAUCCAGGACAGACGAGCACACUGGGGCUUUCACUGCCUCGCUUGCCUUACCGACGUGAAAGGAAUUAAAUCAAGUGAUCGGCAAUACAUAGCCAGUCUCUUCAGGGACCAUCUACAAGAGGAUGGAGAAAUCAUCCGUGAAAAGCACUUCACGAAACCUGUUGCAAAAAUUCAAGGGCCAAACCCUCCAUGA